AUGGCUUCAUCCUUACCUCUUCUAAAACUUGGCCAGUCCCUGAAGGGUACUCUAGGCGCUUAUACCAUUGCUAAGCAGCUCAGCGAGUUCACUUGGCUAGGGAGAAAUGCCGGUCACCCCGUCGUCAUCAAGUCCGCGCGACAUUUCCGUAUUGCAAACGAGAGAGACGUCCUGAGGAGAUUCCAGGCCAGGACACACCUGCGCCCCCUGAUCGAUGAAAUCGUCGACCCAGCAGGCCCCCCGGCUAUCGUGCUGAAGCAUCUUGACGAUGACCUGCUCAAUGCCUCAAAUACUAAGAAGCUUAACACCAAGGAAAUCAAACAUGUAUCAAAGUGUAUUCUUGAGGCGCUAGACACCCUGCAUGCAGAUGGAUACGUGCACACAGAUAUCAAAAUCGAUAAUAUCCUAGUGAAUUAUGCACUACCCCCCUAUAGCGACGAUAAAAAACGCUUCACUGAUGUCCAGCUCGCGGAUCUUGAGAGCACGGUACAUGUGACCUCGCGCUUCUGCAGAAACCGCGAUGGGAUCGGUACUGCUAUCUGGCGCAGCCCAGAGGCACAAAUGGGCCUGCAGUGGGGUCCGCCAACUGACAUCUGGUCCUUUGGUGCUGUCGUUAUCUCUCUGAUAUGGGGCGACAACUUCCUCAUCUUCAAACCCAAGUUGCCGGACGACCACGACGGAUAUGAACUCGAGAUCAUCGCUAAAAAUUAUAUCUAUUUCGGACCGUUCCCGGAAAAAUUCGUUGAGCUUACCGAUCAGGCAACAAUGGCGGCCUUAGCAAAUGUUAUAGAUCCCAUCCCGGCUGAGAAAUUGAAGCCCUUUGCACGGGCUAGCCGUCGUGAGAUUCCACCACAGGACAGAGAGUUUGUGCUGAAAGUUAUGAAACUUGACCCAAGGGACCGGCCAACUGCGAAGGAGCUUCUCAAAGAUAAGUGGUUUGAUUCAAUAUGA